AUGAUAUACCUUAAAGGAGAAAAUAAAAUUAUAAGUAUAAAUGAAGAAGAUAUAAAUGAUGAGAAUUAUAUUAUAAUAAAAAGUAUCCUAAAAGAUGAGAAGAUUUGUAUGAAUGGUUGGAUUCAAAUAAGUUUUAUAUUUUAUGAAAAGAAUUAUUAUAAAUUAUUUUUAGACUUGAUUAAAGAAGGAGACAUAUUUUUUGAGGAUUAUAAUAAUAAGAUAUUUAAUAUAUUAUUGUUAGUAUAUAAUUUAGAAAAAAUAAUAAAUGUAAAAAAUGAAAAUAAAGAAGAUGAAUUAAAAAUAAAAUUAGAAAAUUUACUAAAUCAAAUUGAGAAGAAGAUUAAAGAAAAAAACGACAAUCAUAAAGAAAUAGAAAAAUAUAAUUCCGAUACUGAAAAUAAAGAUGUAAAUAAAUUAUUGAAUAAUAAUUCAGAAUAUAAUAAUAAGAAUUAUUAUAAUAAAUAUGAUUAUUUAUCCUAUCUUAUGAUUAAAGGAAUAUAUAAUAUUAAUAUGUAUUUAUAUUUAUUAAAUAAAUAUGAUUAUAAAUGUGGUACAAAUAAUUUAUUUUCUUCAUCAGUUAUAAAAAAGACAAUAGAUUCUUCAAUAAAUGUAAAUGGAAAUGUUAUAAUAAAUAAUAAUGAAUUUACAAAUCCUUUAAAUUAUUUAAUUCAUAGUAUAAAUAUUUUUAUUUUAUUAUUGAAAAAAAAUAAUUUUGAUUUUAUUUCUUCCAUAUAUUUAUCUUUCGCCUUAUGCUUAAUUUAUAAAUUAGAUGCUUGUAUUCAAUUUUCAUCAUAUGUAUUAAUAAGAAUUAUCCAUUUCCAAAAUUUUCUAAACUUAUUAUUAGAAGAUUAUAAGAUUAAAUAUGUCCAUAAAAAUAACAAUCCAGAUAAUAGAAGUAUAACAAAGAAUAAUGUACAAGAUAUGAAUGAAAGCAAAGAUGAAAAAAAAAAAACAGUGAAAAAAAAAAAAUUCUUUUUUUUCGGAACUUCAGAAAAUGAAGAAGAUAAUAAUAUAGAUAAUAAUUCAAAUAAUAAUAAUUCUGAUAACAAUUUAGAUAAUACAUAUAAAUAUAUUCAAAUAAAAAAUUUGAUGAAUAUAUCAAAUAAUAUAAAAUCUAUAUUAAAAUAUAUUAUUGGUAUAUGUUAUUUAAAAAAAAAAAAUUUCUCCCUCGCUUCUUAUUGUUUUACUUCAUCUAUAAAAAUUGAUAAUAACAAAUGUGCAUAUAUAUCAAACUCUUCUUUAUUAUUAAUGAAUUAUGUGAAUAAAAUUAUAGAGCAUAAUAAUUUUAUAUAUAUUAAUGAGUUCAAUUUUUUAAAAUACUCGAAUAAUUAUUUAUCUACAAAUAAUUACAAUAAUUUGGAAAAUUAUCAAAAUGAUGAGGAGAAUAAAAAAAAGGAUAUAAAAAUAGGAACACAUCAAAAUAAUACUCAAAAUAUUAACAAUAUGCAUAAUAUUCAUAAUAAUAAUAAUAAUAAUAAUAAUAGUAAUAUUAAUAGACAUUACAAUUCUGUUGACAUAUCUAAUGAAGGUUCAAAUUUGGAUAGCAUAAUACAUAAGGAACAAUUUUAUCAUGAAGAAAAUUUACAACUUAAAGGAAAAAAAAAUACAAAAACAUAUCAAGGAAUUUCCAUUAGUAGUAAUAAUAAUUUCGUAAAUCUUUUAAGAAAAGUACAUAUGAAAGAUAUAAUAAAUUUAACUUUAUUUUAUUAUUAUAAUUAUUUAGAAGGUGGUAUAUUAAAAUGUUCACAAAAUUUAAAGCAGUUAUUAAAUUGUUGUGAUAUAUAUAUAUUAGAUAAAAAUGAUAUAUAUGAAUAUGAUGAAUCAAUUGAAUCAAUUAAUAAUGAAAAUAUAUUUGUAAAAAAUAAAAAAUGGAAAGAUAUAUAUUUAAAUAAUAAUAUAAUUUCUUUAUAUUUUGAUUUAUGUGAAAUAUGGUUAAUUCAAGGAAAUUAUCGAGCUAUACUUCUUUUGAAAAUAAUAAAACAUAAAAUAAAUUUUAAUUAUAUUAACAAAAAAGCCUUAAGUAAAUAUUAUUUUUUAAUUGGUAUAUAUUAUCAUAUAUUACAGAAUAUGAAAAAAGCAUUAAUGUAUUAUCAUAAAAGCUUUCUUAUAUAUAAAAAUAAUAUAAGCAGAUAUUAUUAUACAAUAUGUUGUAUACAUUUAAAAAAAUAUAAUAAGGCAAAAAGCAAUUUAAUAUAUUUAUAUAAAAAGUGUAGAAAUGCUUAUGUCAUUAAAUUAUAUGUCUAUUUUUUUGUACACACAUCGAAUAUAUAUUUGAAUUAUAAUGUACUAAAUAAGGAAACAAUAAAAAAAAAAGAAAUCAACAGGAGGGAAAAUAAAAAUGAUGUAAAUAGAAAUGAGUUGCAUAAAAAUGAUACCCAUAAUAAUGAUAUCACAUCAAACCAUAUUGAUUCCCAUAUGAAUAAUCAAACAAAUGAUUACGUAAGUUACCAUAUAGAUAACAAAUUCUGUAAAAGCAAUAGAAAUCAACAUGUAAAAAUUCUACACAAGGUGUUACUUAAUAUGAUAGAAAUUAUUAAUAAAAAUGAAAUAAUAUUUGAUAAUAAUUUAGAUAUAAUUUUAUUAAAAGCCAAAAUUUAUGAAUUGCUAAUAACAAAAUAUAGUAAUGAAUAUAUUGAAAGCUAUUUUAAAUUAUUAGAUGAUAUAUAUGAAGUAAAAUAUUUUUUUACUAUAAAAAAUAAGUCCCCUAAAUUAUCCAUAGAAUUAAUUAAUAAUUAUAUUGUAUCUAUGUUUUACUGUAAUUAUAAGCAAAAAAGUUUAGGAUUGAUAGAAUUAUUAAAAGAUGAAAUAUUUUGUAAGAUAAAAAAAUUUCAUACAUAUUAUACAUACGCUAUUUUAUGUAAGGGUAAAUCAUCCUUAUGUAAUAUAGACAAUCUUUUAAACAAAGACAAAUUAUACAAUGUAGCGACAAGGAAAGAGGUGAACCACAUUUACCAAGAUAAAAAUAAUAAAAGAAAAAGUAAUUGUGAUAAUACAACUAUUGGUCAUAAUAAUAAACGAAGAAAAAAUGAAAUACAUGAUAAAGAUUUAAAAAUUGAAGAACAAAAUUUUUAUGAUCAAAAAAAAAAAGAUGAUAUAGACAUAAAUGAAAGCAUACAUUUUCAUGAGAAUGUUAUAAAUUCAAUAAAUAGAUCCAAAUUAAAAUGUAAAGAAAUGCUUCAAAAAAAUAUAAAAAAACUAAAAUAUAUUAAAGAUAUAUUAAGAUAUCAUCGUAUAUUUGAAAUACAAAAUAAUAUAAUAAAUAUAAAAAACCAUAAUAUGAUAAAAAAAAAAAAUACUCAUGAAAUAUAUAAUAAAAUCAUGAAAAAGGAAAGAUAUAUAAAUCUUAUAAAUUAUCUAAAAAAGCUAUACAUAACCAUUUCCUUUAACAACAUAAUUUUAUUAGAAAUUGUUGGGUAUAAAAAUAUAUGUAUAAAUAUGUAUAAAAUAUUUACAGAAAUAUAUAUAAAUUAUGAAUGUGCUUUUAUAAGAUUAGCAAAUAUAUAUAUAAAAAAUAAAAACUUUUUAAAAGCUAAACAAAUUAUAGAUAAUGGAUUACAAAAAAAUCCUAGUUCUAUAAAAUUACAUUUAUUAAAAUCAUAUAUGCAUUAUAAAAGAAAGCAUUAUGAUUAUAGUAUAUAUACAUUGGAAAAGUUAAAAAGAGAAGAUCAAAAUAAAAAUGUAAAUAUAAAUAAAAAUAAUCCACAUAAUAAUGAUAGUAUUUUAAUUAAUACAUACAUAUCUAUAAUAAAGUUUCAUAAAAUUAAAGAAUGCAAAAGCAAAGAAGAAAAAAAUUCUAUAAUAAACGAAAUAUAUAAUAAAAUACAACUAUUAUUAGAAAAAAAAAGUAAUUAUUUUAUAGCUAAUUUAAUAGGAGUGCUAUUGAAUAUAAAUAAUAAAUAUGAUAUAGCUUAUGAAUCCUUUCAAAUAAUAAUUGACUCAUAUGAAAAAUUAUCUUUUUAUUAUAUAUCAAGUAUAAAAAAUAUUAUUUAUCUUAUGUUUAAUCAUUUAAUAAGAAAUAAUCAUAUAAUAAAUAAUAAAUUAUUUCUCAAUAAAUUAAAUUUAUUUUUUAAUCUAAGUGUCAAAUACGGACUUAACGAUAAAAAAAUUUAUUUGUGUUAUUCAAAUUAUUUACAUGUUUUGGAAAAAUAUGAUGACGCUAUUAAUUUAUUAUAUCUAUGUUAUAAGAAGUGGCCUUAUGAUAUUUCUAUAUUAAAUUCAUUAAUUAUAAUUAUUGAUUCUUGUGUAUCCAAAUAUUUGAGUUAUGAAUAUGUAGAUCUAAAAAAUAUUUUUUUUAUGAAAGGAUUAAUACAUUUUUCCUUUCAAGUAAUAUAUACGUUAUUAUAUCUUAAGCAUUUUACCACAACGGCUCCUUUAUUAUCAUCAGAUGAAAAGUACAAUUACUAUAAGGAAGGAGAUUAUAUCAUUGAGAUAAAAAAAAAGAACUUGGAAAUUUUGGCUAGCAGAAAAUAUUUAAUAUCCACAUAUAAAAAAUUUGAAGAAAAAAUCAAGCCAUAUAUAGAAAGCAGCUUACCAACUAUGUUAAAGCAAAAGAAAUUGUAUGAGAUGAAGAAAGUUAAUAUACAAAAGAAAAUCUAUGAAGAAAAGAAAAGAAAACAAAUGAAUUUAGAAAUGAUGAAAAAAAAAAGUGAAGAAAAUUUGCAUGCAGAAUUAUUAAGAGAUGUUAAUGAAAUAACAUAUCACAUAUCUGAUAAAAUAAAUGUAAGUGAACAAAGAGAUAAUUCUUUUUAUAUUAAUGAUCAUCAAAAUGAUAUUAUACAAGAAACAAAUGAAAUUCAGUUGGAUAGUAUACCUACACCUUCAAAUAAGAAUAUUAUCAAUGUAGAGGAGGAAAAUUCAUCUUUUGAAGAAUCACGUAAUUAUGAAUCUUCAGACAAUAGUUCUGAUUUAUUUGAAGAGCCAAGUCCAAAAAAGAGAAAAAAGGUUAUUGAUUAA